AUGUUAUUUUGGAAAAAUUCAACAGUAUUAGUUUAUGAUAUUGAAAAUUCAGUUUUUAAUAGAGCAUUAUUAUUAUUUUUAAGAUUCUAUAAUCAUCAGUCAUGUGAUCCUUAUUUCCUUGAUUUUAUUCAGUGUUCAUUUAAUGUUGAAACAAUUGGUCGUGUUGUUUUACCAAUUCUUAUUCCUUUAUAUAUUCCUCUUGAAAAAAGAACAAAAUAUUGUAAUUUUGAAGUAAAUGAUGACCUUCUGUUAACACAUCUUAACAUGAUUGAAACUUUAUUUAGUUGUAUUGAUAAUAAAAUGAUUGAAGCCUUAGAAGGAGCAAUAGUUCCAAAGUAUUUAUUAAAUAAAUAUAAAGAAAUUAAUCCUCAAAUUGAACAAUUACCAGAACCAAAUAAUCUUCUUUUGUUUAUUAUUACUACAUUAAUGAUUUAUUUAAAAGCAAAUAAAAAAAUUGUAAAUAACUCAAAUAAGAAUGUAAUUUUUAAAUAUCAAUCAUUAAUAACUGAUAUUUUAAUUAAUAUUUUUACUAAUUAUCAAGAAAAUCAAACAAUAAAAAAAAUUGGCAUUUCUAUUCAAUACACUGUAUUAUCUUCAUUUGCUGAAUCUAUUACGUCUUCUCCUAAAUUACAACUUCAUUUAUUGUCUUUAGUUAAAUUGUUAAUGAAAGUUAGUGAUAUUACUCAUCCAGAUGAAUGUAUUACUAGAUAUCCUUUAUUUAUUCAAACAUUAAUUAGUGGCAUUUCUCAAGAAAAGAAUAUUUAUCGUCAACAUUUUCUUAGAAUGAUUGAUGAUUGUGUCUCUUAUAUUCCAUCAACAGAAUAUAAAACUUCUGUAGUUUUAUUGAUUCAGGCAUUAUCAACUAUUCUCAACCAAAUGUGUACUAUUAUUUCUCCUCAAAUUUUGUUAUUGUGUGAUGAAGUUAGUCCAAUAAUCGAUAUUCAAAGAAAGCUUUUUGAAUAUUCACUAAAUUUAUUCCCCUAUAAAUCAUUAUACGAAGAAAAUUCAAGUCCUCAAUCUCAACAAGUUAGUGCAGGUCAACAAAUAGGAAAUGCUGUCCUCUUUGUACCUAUGUUAGUUGUUUCAGUAUUUUUUGAUGUUAAAGGUACAAAAGAAAAACAACCAAUUCAAAAAUAUUUCCUUACAUCAACAAUAAAACAAAUCAUAUUAACAUAUUUUGACUUAUAUGAAUUUUGUAUGAAAGCAACAAACUUAUUCUUAAUACAAACAAAUUGUGUUGCUUUCAUUGAAAAAGUCUUUAACACUUUUCCUUUAGAAUUUGUUUCAAAUUAUCUUAUUAUUACAAAUGAAUUCUCUGAUGAACACAUUUCUUUAUUUAAGUCAUUUGAUAAAGAGUCAAUUGUAAAAAUGUUAUGGUCUUUAUUAGUUAUUAGUGAAACAAAUAUGUUCUUAGAAAUUCCAAGAAAACAAAUAUUAAAUUUCCUUCAAUUUUUAAUUUCAAAAAUUAUUUCUCCAAUAGAAAUUUAUCGAACUCAAAUGUAUAUUCAAUCAAUCAUUAAUUGUUAUAUUAAUAAUGAUGAAUUAAUAUUUUCUAAUAUUCAUACAAUUAAAGUCUUUUUGGAUUCUAUGAAUCAAAAUGAUAUUAAACUUCAAACAAAACUUGAAACUGGUUGGCAAGAAUUAAUCACUAAUGUUCUUAAUAAGUUUAUGCUUUUUAUUCAUCAAUGGAAAGAAAAUAAUCAAACGGUUAAAAUUAAUCAAAAAAGAAAAAGUAUUUCAUCUGUUUUAUCAACACCAGAACAUCUUAGUGAGUCAAGUGAAGGUAAAACACCAAGAACAAGUGAAGUUAAUGAGAGUAAAACGUCAUCAAAAAAUAGUGAAGAGAGUGAACCAAAUAUUGUUAAUAAUGAAUUACUGAUUAAUUCUGAUGUUAUAAACAUAGUCACAAAUGAUAUCAUUCCAAUUAUUUCUUUUGUAUUUGAUGAUUCUUCUAUUUCAACAAUGAUUGAUUUAGGAAAACAAUUUGAAAAUAAUUUACUUCAUCCUUGUAAUGAUAUGGGAAUAAAUAUUGCUUCUCUUAAUGUUCUCAUUGAAUUAGCAAAAAGAAACCAAUUAACAAAUAAAUGGAGUAAACUUGUAAUAAAUGUUUUUACAAAUGAAGAUUUCUUUACUAAAUCUCCAACAUUAUUAAAUUUAUGGAAAAUACCAAUAUAUUCAGUUUAUACAACUAAUGGAGCACGUCUAUUAUUUGAUAUGAUUAACAGUAUUGGUAAAUCGGGACAAUUAUUUACUACGAAAGAAAAUGAAAUUCCUACACGAGCUAAAAUAUUUAAAAGAGUUGCCUUUUUAUUACUUUCUGGAGAAAAUGAAGUAUUUGACACUUUUAUGGAUCAAAACCAAUUAUUAGUUGAAAUUUUAUUAGACAAAUUAAUUGAUACUAUAAAACAAUAUCCAUGUACACAAAUUUAUAUUAACGGUUUAUUAUUAUUAAAAGUAAUGUUAUUAAAAUGUUCAUUCACAAGACUAAAAAAGAGAAUGCCUACAAUAUUAAAUGAAUUAAUAACAAUAUUCAAUUUACCAUUUGACAAAGAUCCAAUGAUUAUUCUAAGUGGAUUACAAUUAUUUGAUAUGUUACAAAUUAUUCCAGAAUGUUCAGUUGAUAUUUAUUCUUGGAUUUUCUUUUUACCUUAUUCACCUGAUGACCUUAUUAAGUCAAAGUUUAAACCACUAAUACCAGUAUUAACUUUGAAAAGUGAAGCUGAUUGUUCUGUUGAUAAACCAGAUAUUACAUACAAUGGAUUGACUCAACUCAGAGAGCUGAUUUUCAAAGAUAAGUUUAUUAAUGAUAUGCAAGAAUAUCAAAUUUUACGAAUGAAAUUAAGUUAUUAUACUAAAGAUCUUUAUCGAAUGACUUCACGUUCAGAUAAUACUAAUUUUGAUUCAGUAGCUAGAGAUAUUAUGGAAACUUUUUUGAAAUAA